CAGAUCGCAACGAUCGUGAAGCGGCAGUUCUCUCCCGUCCAUCGACGUGGUCACACCGAGUCUCGUGGAGGUUUGAGAGAGACAAAUUAUUGUUACUGAGACGAUACACAAACUGAAUAAUAUUGGACAGAGGUAGAAAGAAAGAAGAAAAAUAAAGGACUGAGUUAUAGAUCAAAAUUUGUUGUCACAAAUUGUACGCAAAUGGAUAAGAACAUUUCUAAUUAUUUAUAGUGAAAUAUAUAAAUAAUUCGCAAGAGAGACUUCAGAGAAAAAAAAUAAGAGAAAAAGAGAGAGAUAUAUAUAUAGUGAGUGAGUGAGUGAGAGAGUGUGUGUAUGUGCGAGAGAGACAGAAGAAGCACACGUGACCGGGACAGUCGCGAGUAAACAUUGAAAAUUUAGUUUCGUUUUUUAACCCUUUCUUUCUUUUUUUUAGUUUCGUGUUGCAUUACGUUCGGAAAGAUACAUCAAGAUCGGUUGUUACACGUUAGCUACCACUGAAUAAAAAAAGACUUCUGGUGUAAUUCAAGGUCAUCGUUAAAAAAGAAGAAGAAGAGUAAAAAGUAUUACCAGUUACAUAGUUGAUGUCGACUGACCACGUGCUUGAAGAAAAGGUUUUUUUUCUCUUUCUUAAAAAACAUAGACGAAUGAUUUAUCAUUUCUCCUCCAAAGAACAAUUUUUUUGUCUUCUCGAUUUAUCAUACUACGAGGAUCUAUAAAUGAAAUUGUUACAAUAGUGCAACCUGUGAUUCUCGCUAACUUAGACGAUAUUUUUGAUUAUAUCGUAUAAUUUGUUCAGUGAUAUUGGUACCUGGUUAACCGGAAAUUUGCGUGGAUAACAUUAAUAAAGAUGAACCAAAUGUGCAAAGUCUGUGACGAGCCAGCUGCUGGAUUUCAUUUCGGUGCUUUCACGUGCGAAGGUUGCAAGUCAUUCUUCGGUCGCACGUACAACAACCUGGGUAGCAUUUCAGAAUGCAAAAACGGAGGAAAGUGCGUGAUCAAUAAGAAAAAUCGUACGUCAUGCAAGGCUUGUAGAUUGAAGAAGUGCCUGAUGGUUGGUAUGUCCAAGUCAGGUUCGCGUUACGGGAGACGUUCCAACUGGUUUAAGAUCCAUUGCCUACUACAGAAUGGGACUAAUUCUAACACGAACAGCGAUGUGGCAUCGACCGCCCUAUCCCCGUUCGGAUCUGCCUUCCUUCCGGGAUUCUUGCAACAACCUCAAGGUCAACAGGCUGCAGCAGUCACUGUUUACGGGUCUAAGGACGCCAAGGAUUCUGCAGAUCAACCGAGACAAUUUCCUGAACAGAUCAAGUCACCUCAUCCGGAUGACAUAGCUUUACACGCUCAAUUGCAUAUGUUAAAUUGGCAAAGGGAUAAUGAUAGGAUAUAUGCUAAUGGUCAACAACAACAGCAACAAAAACGGGCAUCAUCGGAACCAUCGAGGGAUGAUGAUUUAUCAUCCUCUCCAAAUAAACGACGAAAUAUUAAAUCACCACAGGAACAGGAACAAGAAGAGUUGCAUCAACAUCAUCAUCAACAACAACAACCACAACAAGUGCAACCAACUUCUUCACCAAACUAUUCAUUGAAUUAUAUGCAAUCGGACGUAGUAGUACCUAGUAGUGUACCUGAAGUUUUCCGACCUUUCUUAUCGAACUGCAAGACUUUAUCGGAACCGCCAAGUGAUUGCGGUAGCUCACCGAACGAUAAUGGAACUGAUAGACUUCAAGAGGGCGAAUCAAGAUGCAAUUCUGCAAUGAGUUAUUCCAAUUCCAAGAGAACUUCGCCCGAUCAUUAUUUUCCAGCUAGAAAAAUCAACGCAACGGUUACCCUUACCACUGGUGGUUACUUUUCUUAUCCACCAUUAGGACUUAUUUAUCCUCAAGCAAAUUUGGUUACCCCAGCAACGGCAUUACGUACUCAACGUGGCGGUGACGUUCCACUUGCCAUUCCUUGCAUAGGUGGACUAGCUGUUGAACAAAAAGAACCUAUCGAUCUUAGUAUUAGAUCUAGUCGGAGUUCAACCAGGUCUAAUAAUAAUCUUACGGAAAACGAGGAUAACGAUGAUGACGAUGAUAACGAUUCUAACGACAAAGAUGACAGUUCUAACAGCGAUAGUUCACUCAACGGCGAAACUAAAAGAAAAGGCAAACCUUUGGAUUUAACAUUGACAGUUAAAAGCUCAUCGUUACCGUUUAUGCUUUAAGAAACCUUUUAGAAUUCUUUUGAACUCUAAUUGGGUUGGCUCUGGUCUUAUAUUAUGUGUUCAUUCUUUUUGUACAAUGGAACUUCCAGUAUUUCACGAUCUAGUGUUUUAAAAGGUUUUUUUUUCUAUUCGAAUGAUCAACAUUAUUGAAAUGUAAUUUUAUUUGAACACAAUGUAUAACAGUGGUUCCUAAAUUUUUUCUUAUUCUAAACAUCCUUUGCUGAAUCCAAAUUUUCUCGAAGUGUUCUGUAAACAAAAUCUAAAAGAAAUUAAAAAUUCUUGUUUAAUAUAAAUAAAUAAAAUGCGUUUUAUUUGUACAGGUUUCAGCAAAAAUAAAAAUUAAUAUCAAUUGAGUUAUUGGCAUGAACUAACUCUGAUUAAAUUUCGAAUUUGUGCAUUAACAUACACGUUUUAGGAACCACUGAUUAUACAUUUUCCUAUUCAUGUUAUUUACUAUUAUUAAAAUUAAUAAUUAAAAUGUGUUAA